AUGGUUUGGACCCAGCCGAGAGUGACCGAAUCAUCGUCGAAACCCUCGACUCCGUCUCCUUCCAUCGCGGCAUCGCGCCGCCCCUCGUUGGCUCGCCACCGCGUCCUCCUCCCCGGUUGGUGGCUGCCCUGGGGAUCGCCGUUGUCCGUGGAAGGUCCUAGUCGUCACUGGCGCGGGCUACGCGACCUCUAUGGCGCGCACCACAGCCAGCUCGUGCGGGUCAAGCAGCUGCGUGCCAGGGAGGAGCAGGCCGCCGCCGAGCUCAUCAAGAACCACUCACUCACACUCAGUUCAGGUCCGGUGUCGGCUGCCCCAAUGCAGCCAUGCGUGCGAGUGCAACUGGUGAACAAAGCACAGACAGGGAAUCGAUGUGAAAGGGCGACCAUACAGUCCCAUAUGGGCUUUUUACUUUUCUUCCCCUUUUUUCUAAUGGGCUCGCAGUUGAGCUAACUACUAAUGGUCUGUUUGUUUCGGAUUCUGAAUUUUAGACUGCGCUCCACAAUCAGAUUAUGUAAACAAAUGGACGGAUUUUGGAAGCAAAUUGCAGUAAUCCAAACCUAGAAUAUAGCAUAAUUCAUAAUCCACAUUAAA